AUGAUUGCCGAUCAAGAUGAAAUAUGGAAAAAAAAGUGCAACAUAUCAACAAAAUUAUACUCAAAAUCAUUCAAACAAAUUUAUAUAGAUUGGUUUUAUCAAAAAUGUUUACAUAAUAGAGAUUUACAAAGCAGAACUACAAUCCGCAGAAAUGGAUGUUUUAUAGGUGUAUAUCCCGGAUUUUCUGUACAACCCAUAGGCAAACAUAAAUUUGAACCCAUUGGUGGAUUUACUCAGCAUCCAAUUUCGUCGUCUGAAAUGACGAUUCAACUAUCAUUUAAUAUUGAAGAUACAGCUUGUGAACUUAUAAAGCUUCUAGAAAAAGCAUCUAAAUUUCGAAAAGAAUGGCAACAAUCAUCUAUUUUAAAACAAAUGAUAAUGAGAUAUUAUCGUUUUAUGCAAUUAAAAGCAUCUCAUUCAGAUAAUCUUCUAUUAAUUCCUACUUUAGAUAUUGAAAUUGUUUGGCAAACUCAUUUACUUCGAUCUGAAAUAUAUAACGCUGAUUGUAUUCGUUUAUUUCAUCGAGUUAUUAAUCAUAAAUUAUUGAAUAAUGAUAUGGAAGAAUUUUUAAAAGAACAAGCAUUUCAAGAUACUUGUCAAUUAUAUGAACAAACAUUUGACGAGAAAUAUUGUCCAUUAUUAUCAACUGAUAGAAUGAAUCAUGUUGCAUCGAAUAUUUUUGAUUAUAGUUCUGAUUUAUAUGGUCAUAAAAAAACAUAUUACUCUUACUGGGAUAAAACUUAUUUCGAGUAUUCAUUAAAAUCAACUAAAGAUUUUGAAAAUCCUUUUUCAUUUACAGAAGAUGAUAUCAAUUCAGAUAUGAAUUGGCUUGAUGAAUGUAAGAAUUUUAUGGCAGAUUUACAAAAAAAGCUUUCUAAUUCAAAUUAUUAUUCAUAUGGACUGACAAAAAUCAAUCUUGAAACAACAGCAAUGAAUGGAUUUACAAAGUCGUAUGAAAAAUUUUUGUAUAUGGCAGCUAAAUAUCCACUCAAAGAUGGAAACAGCUUUAUUCCUCCAACAUAUGCGAUUGACAUAAUAUGGCGUGCACAUAUGCAAGAACCAUUGAAUUAUACCGCUGAUUGUCUUCGUCUUGUUGGUUAUGUUAUUUCACAUGAUCCAUGGCCUAUAGUUAAAGAUAAUAAUAUGAAGAAUUCAUAUGAUAGAAUAGAUCAGAUCUGGAAACAAGAAUUUGGUAGUGAUAAAGCAACAGAUCAUCUCUAUGAUACGUAUAUAAGGAUUUUGUAACGUGUUCGAAAUCACGUUUUUUUUUCUGAAUAUCAAAGAAUCGAUAUUCCUUUUUCAAAAUUAUUUGUAUAUUUUAUUAAAUAAAAAUUAUAUUAAUAAAAAUUUCUCAAUAGAUAUAAGUUAAUCAUCGAUUUCAUCAUAUUCCUCGUAGAUGGUUCCUUCUAGUUCAGUUGGUAUCGUAUUCGAUACACUUAUUCAAUCAUAAAAUUUAAUCGAAAAAAAAACCUAAAUGAUUAGUUAUUCAAUGAUCAAUAUAAGUUGAAAAAGAAUUUCCAUACUUGAGUAUGAUUAACAAUGUGAAAAUCUUCGAGACUAUAUUUUUUAUAACAAAUAUUAACAUUAUUUCAGAUUGACAUUUUUCUCUGCAUAUAGAAUAUCAAUAUAAUUCAAUUAAUUCUCUUUCUAUUGUUCACUGAAUAUAAAUAUAUUCAUGUUGUUAAAGUCAAUAAAGAAUUAUUGAAAAUGAUUUAUCAAAUAUAAAAGACUUACUAACAAAUAAUAUGAAAUUACUUGCACUUGAUUUUUACACGAAAGACAUGAAUUCAAAUCGAGAAACACAAUUAUAUUUCACUUUUGAUUGGGUGUGGG